CAGUGUGUUAUUAACAUGUGGCGGUUAAUAUUAUUUAGUGCAGUGUUGGCAGUGGCGUACGGACAGACCACUCCAGUCAGUCAAUGCACUUCUAAUGCGGGAGUACUGCCAAUUAAUACAUACAUCGAGGACUGCUACGAUCCCCCGUGCCUGCUGCCUCAACUAGAGUAUGUGGUCAUCCACAUCGCAUUUAGAGCUCCACGCACCAUGCGUAGUAUGCGUACUUUAGCGACGGCUUAUCUGUCAGUGAUCGGCGGAAUAGCGAUACCAGUACCUUACGAUCUUCAAGAGAACGCCGUUACUUGUAAUUUCCUCACCAACACCUACUGUCCCGUGCUAGAGAGCGAAGUCGUCUUGUAUACUUUGCACAUGUUCAUUGAAUCCUUCAUGCCAGUGGACACUUCGGCUGCUAUAGAGUUCCGAGUGGUAGACCAGAGUGACAACACUCCUGUGUUCUGUCUACGGACGAACAUUAGAGUUACACCACCGCUGGGCAAGGCGAUCGCAUCUUCAAAUAAUUCUACGGUCAACUGAAACAUGUCUAAACAUGCCUAGCAAUGUCACCAACGACUGUUUUCAUUUGUUUCUUCGCAUAGAAAAACUAAAGCACGAGUUUUAAUACGAUUUUAAAGAUAGUUAUUAAGAAAUUAAUUAGGUUCUGGUAUUGUUUAUAUAUUAUAUGCAUUCUAU